CCAGAGAAGUGAGCCACCCAUCACGAGCUGUUUUUUCUGUGCUUCUCUGCAGCUCUGAGGUUGUUGCUUCUCGCUGGGCAGCAUGCUGAAUUUGCGCUGUGCACUGAGAUCCGCCGCGCUCCUGCGCGCUCCCGCUGCUGCUGCUGCUCAGAGCGGUGCCCUCCCGUCCUCCGGGCUGCAGCCCUGUGCAGGCCUGGCCAUCGGGCCCCAGCAGAAACAGUCCACUUUCUACGAGCUCCGCACCUACAACAUCCGGCCAGACCAGACCGCCGCCUUCCUCAAACUGACCAAUGAGAAGAUCCACCUGCGCACCGCCCACUCCGAGCUGCUGGGCUUUUGGAACGUGGAGUACGGCGCUAUGAACCAGGUGUUCCACAUCUGGAAGUACGACAGCUACUCCCAGCGGGCGGGGGUGCGUGCUGCUGUGGCUCAGGAUCCGUCCUGGGUGUCAGAUUUCCUCUCCAAGGCGAUCCCCAUGCUGACGUCUCAGGACAACGCCGUGGCGUACCUGGUGCCCUGGUGCACUCUGAGGAGGCCGCCACAGGAGGGCGGUGUCUUUGAGCUCGUCUCCUUCCGGAUGCGCCCAGGAGGCCCGGCUGUGUGGGGCCACUCGUUCCAGGCCGCCCUCACCUCCCAUGAUGCAUCGGGGUACGGCAAGCUGCUGGGAGCUUUCCACAACGAGUACGGACAGCUGAACACUGUUCACGCCCUCUGGUGGUUCGAGAACGCCGACAAGCGGGCCGAACUCCGGCAGAAAGCUCACAACGACGCCAGGGUGGUGGCUGCAGUGAGGGAGAGCGUGGCCCACCUGGACUCGCAGACGGCUCGCCUCAUGUACGCAUGUCCCUUUUCCCCGAUGAAGUGAGCCCGCCGUCCUCACGCCUGUUUCCAUGACGGCACACAAAACGGUUCUGUAGUUGAAAUCUGAGGGCUCCGCCCACUUUGCUGACGAGACCACUCAAAGCUCAGGUUGUAGGUUUUAUACUUAAUGAAAAAUCAAACAAACCAUUUUUUUGAUUGACAACAGCAGCUUUCAAUCAUCUGGCGUCAAUAUCAGGGUGGGCGGGGCUUUUCUGAUCGAUUCAUUCAUGAUGUCAAACUAAUGAAUAAACUCAGUAAC